GCCGAGAGGACUUACUAAUAUCGAUCACCUUGUUAUAGAUCAGUCUGUUAUUCUACUAAGUUUAUUAGUUCGCCUUAAAUAAGCCGGUUCACUCCUUCCUAUACUACUUGUCUUUAAUGUAAUAGCUCUGGUUCCAUCUGAUUAUUGCCAGACCGUUUACACAGACACAGUACUGCUAGAAUGAAUUUACUAAGCAGUUCAAGAUUUGGAUUUCUACUUGUGUUGUUAUCCAGUCCAUAUUUGGUAUCAUCGGAAACCGAUAAAGUCACACCCCAGAACGAAAGUAAAUCAGUAGCAUCAGAAAAGGAAAAUCUUGAUGGAAUAAAUAGUUUGAAAACUGAUCAAAGCAAGAUGAGUAAACGUCGUUUAGACUCAAUAGACGGCACUAGCGGUAUGGGCGGUUUUGGAAAACGCCGUAUGGAUUCAAUCGACAGUGUUAGUGGCAUGGGUGGUUUUGGAAAACGACGGUUGGACUCCAUCGAUAGUGUUAGUGGCAUGGGUUCUUUCGGAAAGCGUCGCAUGGACUCCAUCGACAGUGUUAGUGGCAUGGGUGGUUUUGGAAAGCGACAUUUAGACUCAAUCGACGGCACUAGCGGUAUGGGCGGCUUUGGAAAGCGACGAAUGGAUUCAAUCGACAGUGUUAGUGGAAUGGGCGGUUUUGGAAAACGUCGUUUAGAUUCCAUAGAUGGCACUAGUGGAAUGGGUGGUUUUGGGAAACGUAGAAUGGAUUCGAUUGAUAGCGUUAGUGGCAUGGGUGGUUUUGGAAAGCGUCAUCUAGACUCAAUCGACGGCACGAGCGGCAUGGGCGGCUUUGGAAAACGACGAAUGGAUUCAAUCGACAGUGUUAGUGGCAUGGGCGGUUUUGGAAAGCGUCGUUUAGAUUCCAUAGAUGGCGCUAGUGGAAUGGGUGGUUUUGGGAAACGUAGAAUGGAUUCGAUCGAUAGCGUUAGCGGUAUGGGCGGUUUUGGAAAGCGUCGCUUAGAUUCCAUAGACGGCACUAGCGGUAUGGGCGGUUUUGGAAAACGUCGAAUGGAUUCGAUCGAUAGUGUGAGUGGUAUGGGAGGUUUUGGAAAGCGCCAAUUCGACUCGAUUGGAACAUACAGUGGAUUAGCUAGACUUGGCAAACGUUCGCAUUUCCGACUUAAGCGUUCGGUAGAUUCUAUAGAUUCGUUAAUGGGAAAAGAGUUUAAUUUUGAUGGUCCAGAAGAAGAUGAUAUGGAAGAAGUAGGUAAACGUCGACUGGAUUCAAUUGAUAGUCUGAGUGACAUGGGCGGUUUCGGAAAGCGGCAUCUUGAUUCAAUCGAUGGCCUGAGUGGUAUGGGUGGUUUUGGAAAACGUAGUCUGGAUUCUAUUGACAGUGUUAGUGGCAUGGGCGGAUUCGGCAAACGUCAUCUGGACUCUAUAGACGGCUUUAGUGGCAUGGGAGGAUUUGGAAAACGUAGUUUGGAUUCAAUCGAUGGCCUGAGUGGCAUGGGCGGUUUUGGAAAACGUAGAUUGGAUUCUAUCGACAGUGUUAGUGGCAUGGGCGGUUUUGGGAAACGUAGAUUGGAUUCUAUUGACAGUGUUAGUGGUAUGGGCGGCUUCGGAAAACGUAGAUUAGAUUCAAUCGAUGGUUUCAGUGGUAUGGGCGGUUUUGGAAAACGUAGUAUGGAUUCCAUAGCAGGGUACAGUAAUAUGGGUGGCUUCGGUAAAAGAUCGAGUCGUGCUAAGAGGACAUUUGACCCAAUAUCCAGUUUUAGCGGCAUGGGUGGAUUUGGAAAACGCCUUGACUCUUACUACCCGGGUUAUUUCAAAUUAGACCAUUCGGAUUUAUCCGAGCACCGAAUCUUACAGAUUCUUCAACUUAUGCUCAAGAUGAUGUCCGCGAAACAAAAACGAAUGCUACAAAGUAGUUUGGACCAAAAAGAAAAACGACAAUUUGAUUCAAUCGGCCAUGGAAGAUUCAGUCGCAUGGGAUAAAACACAUUUUAAGAUAUUUUUUAAAAAAAGACAGUUAUUUAUUUAUAUAUGAAAUGCCAUUAUAUGAAAAGUAAAUUUGUUUUAAAAAUUCCUGCUUGUCUUGUUGAUUGUAUUUAAGUAUAUUUUACAAUAAAAUCUUCCACUGUUUU